AUGGUAGAGUCAAGAGAUAGACUCAUUAGAGCAGUUGAUCUAGCUCAACUCUUCGUUCGAAGACUAUUUGGAAUCUUCUCAGAUGAAGCUCGUGAGUUGUUAGUCUUCCCUGUCGUCACGCCUACACUGCGUUGUGGAGGGCGCCAUAGGGAGAGCAGUUUUGUCACACCGAGAUCCGUUGUUAGACAUGGAUUUCCGUCCAUUGGAAGGGAGAACACUCCUCUGACAGUGACAGGGCAUGGAAGGGGGCGAGGGACGAGCAGUGUGUUACCGUCUUGGUACCCAAGACCUCCUCUCAAUGACAUUACUGCUGUUGUCAGGGCCAUUGAAAGGAGGAGAGCUCGAAGCGAAGGCCUAACAAUACCUGAGGAUGAAGGGGGUCUUAGUUCAAAUGUAUCAUCUGGUGUUCAACUUGAACACAAUUUCUCAACUCCAGCUUCAACCGCCAGAUUGAAGCCUUGCCCUCUAUCAGUCCCUGAAGUGUCGAAAAUUUUGCUCGGCGGCAUAAACAUGAAUGCCGAGGAAUCGGAGCUUCUUACGCCUCAAAAGAAACUCUUGAACUCCAUUGACACUGUGGGAAAGGCUGUCAUGGAGGAGCUACAGAAAUUGAAGAGGACCCCCAGCUCAAGAAAGCAGAAAGGCAAAAGAAAGUCCGCACACUGAUGUCAAUCCGGUGAU